AUGCAGCUUGGACUGUGUGUGGUGGUGCUUUCCCUAAGCUUGGUGGAUCUCUCAAGCAGCAGCAACAGCACCAAGGCACUGAAGGGCAAGCGGCACAGACGAAUCAGCACGGAGAAGAGCCGGGGCUGUGCAAAGGGGUGUGACCUGUGCUCCGAGUUCAACGGGUGCCUCAGGUGCUCCCCCAAACUCUUCAUCUUACUGGAGCGGAGCGACAUCCGCCAGAUCGGCAUCUGCCUACCUUCCUGUCCACUGGGCUACUUUGACGUGCGCAAUCCAGACAUGAACAAGUGCAUGAAAUGCAAAAUUGACAACUGUGAGGACUGUUUCAGCCGAAACUUUUGCACGAAGUGUAAGGAAGGCCUGUACUUGCACAAAGGACGGUGCUAUGCCACCUGCCCCGAGGGCUUCUCAGCUGCCAACAGCACAAUGGAGUGCAGCAGCCCUGCACACUGUGAAAUGAGUGAGUGGGGCCCAUGGGGGCCCUGCCUGAAGAGGCGGCGGCUGUGCGGCUUCCGGAGGGGCAGCGAAGAGCGUGCCCGGCGGGUCCUGCAGCUGCCUGCAGGGGAGACGUCGCUGUGUCCUGCCACCACGGAGCUCCGGAGGUGCACUGUGCAGAGGAGCCAGUGCCUGGAAGUUACAGGAUGGAAAAAGAAGAAGGAAGAGCAAGGUAAGCAGGAGGACAGGAAUGAGGACAGGAACCGGAAAGAUGCCAAAGAAGGCAGGCCCGGCGUCAAGAGGCGGAAAGGCCAGCCCAGGGGAACGGCUGUGCCAGGGACCUCUGCUCCGUAG